AUGCUGAGUCGAGUCGCCUGGAGCCCAUCGGCCACGUACGAAUCGACUUCGACCUUCCCAACCCUCUCCGUUGGAUCACAACACAUCGCACCUACUGGAAUUGUCCCCUCUGGAUAUCUCGCCUCUGGAUUUUACCCAACCGCAUCUGGAUAUGCUUGGCCUACUGGAACUGGAUUCCCUUCUGGAGUAACUGGAUACCCUCAACCCACUGGAACUGGACAAAUCAACGCCACCGCCUUCUCUUCAUGGUGGACAUCAUACCGUCAGGCCUCCUCCUCUCAAUCUCUCUACUCUACUGCUUCAUACAACAGCACCCCCUCGGUCUCUGCUUCUAGCACUGCAGCUGCCUCUACCGGAUCUACCGUCCUCCCUGACGUUCUUCGCGGAAUCAACAUCGGCGGUUGGCUCAUCCUAGAAUCAUGGAUGAACUGGGAUGUCUUUGCCAACACUGAUGCCAAGGACCAAUACUCUUUCGACAGCUGCGACGGCGCCAAAGAUAAGUUGGAGCAACACUGGUCAAGCUACUUCACUGAGUCCGAUGUCGAGGGACUUGCCGCCGCUGGGAUCAACGCUGUGCGUAUCCCCAUCGGUUUCUGGUCCUACGUCGAGACAGCACCCUAUCUUAUGGGCGCCGAUGCUUACCUUGAGAAAGCCAUUGGUUGGUGCCGCAACCACGGCAUCAAGGUCCUUGUUGACUGCCAUGGCUCGCCUGGCUCGCAGAACGGUUUCGACAACUCUGGUCACUCGGGCAACGUAGCCUGGCAGCAAGACGACAACCUGGAGCAAAGCAUCAGCAUCCUCGAGACUAUUGCUAAGAAGUACGGCGCUCAAGAGUACGCGGACGUCGUAUUCGGCAUCCAACUUGUCAACGAGCCCAUCUCGUGGGACCAGAACAACAUCGACAUGACCAAGGAGUGGGCAAAGAAGGCUUACACAGCUGUCAAGUCUGCAUCGACCAACCAAGACCUUGCUGUCAUCAUGCACGAUGGCUUCAUGGGACCUUCUGACUGGGAAGAGGUCGGCUCUGCUAUCAAUGGCGAUGCUUCUCUUGCUGACGCCAAGUUCUGGAUCGACACUCAUCUCUACCAGAACCAAGUAGCAGCUGACUCUCUGCUCACUCAAGACCAACACAUCGAGAAGGCUUGCAAUUGGUCAUCGUCUGAGUUGUUGCCUUCAUCAUCCUCGCUGCCUGUGAUUGUCGGCGAGUUCAGCGCUGCUACCAACAUCUGCGCCAACCCUGAUGGAUCCACCGUUGCUGGUAGCGUCUGCUGGAUUGACGGCUGCCAGUGCUCUGCCAACGUCGACAUUGAGAACUGGAACCAGCCUCUCAUCGAGGCGACACGCAAGUUCCUCGAAGCCGAGCUCGAUACAUUCGAGGCACAUGCUCGCGGCUACUUCAUGUGGAACUUCAAGGGUCCCGGUGCUUGGGGCUACCAGAACGCCAUGAAGUAUGGCUUGAUUGGAGACAAGAUCACCGACAGAAAGUACCCUGGUCAGUGCAGCUCAUGA